AUGUCACCUGAUGAUGCUAAGGACAAAGCUACGUUACAGUCACUACACCUCUCUGGUGCUCCAGAGUGGAUUCGGCGCAUGAUGAUCACGUCGCUGAAACUUGUGCUUCAACGAGCGACAAACUCAUACUCAGGUCUGUCGAACCGAGGCAAUGCCCGAAGUAUCAUCUCCGGUACCCCUUCCAGCUCCGAGUCUAUACACUCACAAGCUACCCGGGCUGGUAUCACUCUCUUAGAAGUGGAACCUUCCGCAGCGCCACUCGUUCCACCUUCAUCAAACCACCCUCGUAAUCUUGACGGUGACGAUAGAGGAAAACGAGGUCGAGGCGGACGUAAUUCCCAUACUGCUCAGGGGGGUCUUCCUGUCGCUCGAGGCACCGGGCUAGUGGAGCGCCCUGCUGCCGUUAUGCAAAUGAUGGAAGUGAUCUCUCAGCCUAGCAAGGUCGUCCGCGUUCUUGCUCGAGGCGAGAAACUAGAACCAGACCCAUAA